GCGAACAGCCGCAUCGCACGGGGCUGCCGGACCGGCUCGGUGCCUGGUCACGCGUGAGCCGCUCGCUGCGCCUUUAACGGCGGCGGCUGCGCCGCGGCGGGUGGGCUGCGCGGGGGGACGGAGCGGCACGGCGGCGCCUCCCGGCCGCGUCUCUCGGCGCCGCAGGCGGGUGGGCGGUGCGGGACCUCCGCCGGGAGCAGAUGGAGUGGCGGGGCGCGGGGUGCCAGAGCGCCGGGAGGGCCCCGCGGGCGAGCAGCUGACGCGGCCGGCGACGGCUUGGCCGGGAGCGGUCAGCCCCGAGAUGGCGAAAGCUCCGCGCCCAGCUGGUCUGCGCCGAUUCAGUGGUGCUCAGUGGCACAUGCAGAAUGUCCUCAAAGACUCUGUGGAGAGCUCCGAUGACGAAUUCUUUGAUGCGCGAGAAGAGGUGGUGGAAGGAAAAAGUGCCAUUCUUAUAGGCAUGAGCCAAUGGAACUCAAAUGACCUUGUUGAGCAGAUAGAAACAAUUGGGAAGAUGGAAGAAAAUCAAGGUGAAUUAUAUAGAGCCUCUUUAAGAAAACAAAGGUUACCUGCACAAGGCAGUAUUGAAAUACAUGAGGACAAUGAGGAAGGAGUUAAACACGAGAAAUGCAAAACUCAUGUGCUAAUUCUGAUCCUACAUGGGGGGAACAUCUUAGACACUGGAGGAGAGGACCAAAGCAGCAAGCUGGCAGACAUCAACACCUUCAGUUCUGUGUUUGAAAAAGUCACCCAGGCCCAUUUCCCUUCUGCUUUGGGACACAUCUUAAUCAGACUUGUUCCCUGCCCUGCAAUCUGUUCGGCAGCCUUCUCUCUUGUUUCCAACCUAAAUCCCUACAGCUAUGAUGAAAGCUGUCUCAGCAGCAGUGAAGACCACAUCCCACUGGCUGCCUUGCCCUUGCUGGCUGUUUCGUCCCCUCAGUACCAGGAUGCAGUUGCCAUGGUGAUCACUAGAGCAAACCAAGUUUACAAUGAAUUUCUCAAAUCUACAGAUGGGGUUGGUUUUAAUGGACAGGUGUGUCUUGUUGGUGACUGCAUUGGAGGAAUUUUGGGUUUUGAUGCCAUCUGCUAUAAUGCUAAUAGAGCUGAUGAGAGUCGGAACAGUAGCAGGAGAGGAAGCAUCAGCAGCAUCCAGGAUAAUCCCCUUUUAACAGAGGACUCCAGUCUAGGUGGCAGCAAACGCCUGAGCAAAAGCAAUAUUGACAUCUCGGAAAUCAUGGAGGAUGAGGACCCAAGGCAGCCGUUGCCUAGGAAACAGAGUGACUCAUCCACCUAUGGCUGUGAUACUAUAACCCAACAUCAUGCUUUCCUGUCUAGUGCGUUUUCUUUGCUCAGCAUCCACUCAAGUGUGCUGAAAGAUGAUGCAGACUUUCUUCCUGUGAAUUCCAGUCUCUCAGAAGUAAACCUGGGCCGAUUUGAAUUUGAGGUGUCAGAUUUCUUCAUCUUUGGAUCGCCACUUGGUUUGGUGCUGGCCAUGAGGAGUACUGUUCUGCCAGGCCUGGAUGUAUGCCAGGUCCGCCCAGCCUGCAGCCAAGUUUACAGUUUCUUUCACUCUGCUGAUCCCUCUGCCUGCAGACUUGAACCAUUGUUGGAGAAAAGAUUUCAUCUCCUGCCUCCAUUCAGUGUCCCACGGUACCAGAGAUACCCACUGGGGGAUGGAAGAUCUCACCAGUUAGGUGAUGCCAUCCAAAACCACAGUGCUCUGUUCCUUGAGAGCAGCUCUUUGAAUAUAACUCUUGCUCAGGAGAGUCUUGAAUCUCCAAACGCAUCUAAUCAACCACAAGGAAAAGAGAGAAAGUUGAGCUUGGCCAGCACAAACAGCGAAAACUCAGGGUCAACAGAGAGUUUGCCAUCAGCAUACUUCACCAACAUUACUGCAAAGUGGUGGGGAACAAAACGAAUUGAUUAUGCCUUGUAUUGUCCAGAUGUACUGACAGCAUUUCCAACUGUGGCCCUGCCACAUCUCUUCCAUGCCAGUUACUGGGAAUCAACAGACGUUGUGGCAUUCAUUUUGAGACAGGUGAUGAGGUAUGAAAAUGUAAAUUUCAAGGAGAACAACAGCCUGGAUCCAGCAACACUAAGCCCAUCUAAUCCACGAGAAAAAUGGCUACGUAAAAGGACACAUGUCAAAUUGAGAAAUGUGACUGCUAAUCAUCGAGCUAAUGACAUCAUUGCAGUAGAAGAUGGUCCUCAGGUACUAGUUGGGCGCUUUAUGUAUGGGCCUCUGGACAUGGUAGCUUUAACAGGUGAAAAGGUUGAUAUCUUCAUAAUGACUGAGCCAUCUUCGGGUAGAUGGGUGUACUUUGACACAGAGAUAUCCAACAGCAGUGGCCGGAUAUCCUACAGCAUACCCAAACAAAAGAGAUUGAGAGUUGGUGUGUAUCCCAUCAAAAUGGUGGUCAGAGGGGACCAGAGCAGUGCCACAAGCUAUCUGACUGUGCUUCCCCGAGGAAUGGAAUGUGUUGUGUUCAGCAUUGAUGGUUCAUUUGCAGCAAGUGUUUCAAUUAUGGGAAGUGAUCCCAAAGUCCGAGCUGGGGCUGUUGAUGUUGUCAGACAUUGGCAGGACCUGGGAUAUCUGAUUAUCUAUAUUACUGGCCGUCCAGAUAUGCAAAAGCAGCGUGUGGUUUCAUGGUUGUCUCAACACAACUUCCCACAAGGAAUGAUCUUCUUCUCUGAUGGACUUGUUCAUGACCCACUGCGACAAAAGACUAUUUUUCUACGGAAUCUCAUGCAAGAGUGCCACAUCAAAAUCUGUGCUGCAUAUGGUUCCAUGAAGGAUAUUUCUGUUUACAAUGUCUUGGCUCUGUCGCCAUCCCAGAUCUACAUAGUUGGACGAUCAACAAAGAAAUACCAGGCACAGUGUCAAUUCCUCAGUGAGGGUUAUGCAGCCCACUUGGCCUCACUGGAGUUCAGUCUUCAUUCACGACCCAAAAAGAACAACUCUCGGAUGAUCUUGAGAAAAGGCAGCUUUGGCCUUCACUCCCAACCUGAGUUUUUGCGCAAGAGAAACCACCUCCGCAGGACUAUGUCUGUGCAGCAACCUGACCCACCUUCUUCAAACCCCAAACCAGAGCGUGCCCAGAGCCAGCCCGAAUCAGACAAAGAUCAUGACAGACAUUUGCCCUCCAUUGCUUGGGUUAGAGGUGGAGUUCACAAGUUUGAAUCUGUCCCCUAGGAAGCCUGGGGAUGUAGAUCUUGGAUGCCACCCCCUUAAACUUGUAAUCAUGCCUCAAAGAUAAUAUUUAGGCAGCUUCAAACUAGAAAAUGUAGAGGGGAACCUGUACCUUGGAGUUGUUCCUGCUCUAGAAAAUGCCUUCUUAUUACCAACCAGGGAACUUCCAGUUCGUUCCUCUUGACAUGUUUAUUGGGAAAUUUUAAAACAAUCUAAAACUAUCGCAAGUGCUUAAAACAUCAAAGCAACAGGAAAAAAAAUCUUUGGUUAUUUUGUACAAUAGAUACAAUAAAAUGUGCAAUAAGAGAAAAAGCUGCAACAAGCUGUUUUUUAUUCAAAAGAAGGAUUGUGGUAGCAGCUAACUAGCUGCACCCAAAGCAGUAUAAACAGUAGGUCCCGUAGGUUACAGGGAAAGUUUGCACUUUAAACAUUAGUUUUAUCUGCUGCCACUUCACUUUUGAUAAAGAGAUACAUUUGCAAGGGAAGAGGAGGAAGGAAUACAGUAAUGGGUAAUCAGAAUUUGUACAGCAAGGUGCUUGUUGGGUGCCUUUAACCCAGGCUAUCCUUUCAGCUUACAUUGUUGAUCAACGGACUCAGAUACAGGCACUCAUGUUGUCUGAAGUGCUGUACAUCAAGUAAUUUGGAGAACUCCACCUAUGAACCAAAUCAUAAAUGCUUCGUGUUAGAAAUAAAUGUCUCUGCCACGGUUUGAAGUAGUGUUGCUGUAUACAAAGUGAUGUGCAAGUGUACAAAAAUCACAUUGUUUUGUUGAACUUGGUGACUGUGCAAAAUGUGUUAACUACUGUGAGUAAGGAGAUGCCUCUGACCAUCUAAGUCUGAAACACAGAUCCUAAGAUGGUAACCUAAAGGGAACUUUUUUACUAAAGGAUCUCUAAACUUCAGAGCAACCAAUUUUUCCAUAACUAGAAACUUUAAACUGGAGGAGGAAAAAGUGAUAAAUGCUAAUGGAAUUCCUGGGAGUAAAUUAUUUACCUUCUCAUGCUUUACAGCAACUGCUGUGCUAAGACAAUCUGUAGCAGUCAGAAUUACAUCCUAUGAGCUUCAAAGAAUGGAGAUGACAAACUACAGGUGCCAAGUAGACAUUUUCCUACUGACUUAAAUUUAUCUCAGAUCUCUCAAUUAACUUAUUAAAAGUAAAAAUGUGUGAAGUUUUCUCUAGGUGAUAAUAUUUCUAAACUAAAUGUAAUUAGUUUAACGUAGCUGCAGUUUGCAGCUUCUUUAUGCAAAUAUUUCCACCAAACUAUAAAUUCACCAAGAGAACUUCCAUGAUAGAACUGAUGCAUGUUUCAAAACCUGCAAUGAAGUUGUUAGUGCACAAAUUUUUUUUUCCUUCAAAAAUUAAAACUCCAGACUGUUGACCCUGAGAAAACUGGAAGUCAGUAGGGGGAUUUGGUUUCUCCCCAACACAUGCACUUUUGUGGAGUUGGGGGUUGUCAUCCCCACCCUUUUACUUUCAGGUUUUCCUAGUCUAUAGCUGGAACAGAAAGAAGCCUGUUGAUUAAUGAUUUCAAAGUUACUAUGUAAAACAAUAAAGGAAUGCAAUAGAAAAGUAUUCUGAUGGUGCAGAAGGAAACCCAGUAACUUCCAGUUAACAUAAAAGUUUCAGCGUGCUUUUUGAAGGGCCUAGUAAUGUGGCUUUUGCCCUAAAAGGCAGCAAAGUGGCUUAUAAAUGAAAGUUGGGGGUUUUGUUUGUUUCUUUCUUUCUUUCUUGGUUUUAAACUUAUCACUUACCAAGAUUAUCAGUUACCUAUUUCAAACUUCCUGAAAGAUCUCUGGCACAUCAGAAAGUUGUUCUUUUAUAAUGCUUCCUUUAAGGGAAGGAGUAAUCUUUGCUGAAGAUUUAGGAAAGCUAUGAGAAGUUUGGUAGCUCACAUUCAUUAGGUAACUGCAAUACAAGGGCUGGGGUUGUUAUGCUCUGUUGGCAAGUCAGCCAGCUACAAAUGCUAAAUGAAAGAUCUCCACAAACUACAUUGAAGCAGUCUUCAGGUUUACAAAUGCUUUCCCAGUAGUGUCACAUCUAGCUCUUUAACCCACAAAUUUAGAGUAGUUUUCAGUGUUCUGUCUUGACCCAAUGUGUCUUUUAUAUACUGAUCGUUGUACAUUUCUUUUCCUGUCCUAUGCAGCUAGGAGGAGACUGCACAAGUUAACACCAGACAGCAGGCUCCAUGUCCCUCCAGUCAGUUCAGUGCUAUCAUAGGUACCAGAGCUGACAAGAUGUUAGAGCAGUGAAGGCUACUUAUUAUAAUGAUGAAAUUUUCUCUCCUGCUGCUUGUCUAGGAAAGAAAAAAAUCAGGUAGUAAAGAAAGAUGCAUGUCUCUUUAUAUCUGUGCUCCCUUCCUACGAAAUGUAUCUUGCUUUAACAGGUACCAA